GCCAAAAGAAAGAGGAUGGAACCAGAAAAUCCUGCCAAGGAAACAGUCCUCAUUACUGGAGGAGGUGGUUAUUUUGGCUUCCGUUUAGGUUGUGCCAUAUACCAAAAGGGAGUUGAUGUGAUUCUCUUUGAUGUUGUGAAGCCACCUCAAACCAUGCCAGAAGGAAUAAAGUUCAUGCAAGGGGAUGUCUGUUGCCUGUCUGAAGUGGAAGAGGCUCUUAGAGAUGUAAUCUGCGUAUUCCAUAUUGCUUCCUAUGGAAUGUCUGGCAGGGAGCAGCUGAACCGAAAACUUAUAGAAGAUGUUAAUGUGAAGGGAACAGAAAACGUCAUCCAAGCCUGCAGGAGCACAGGAGUGUCGAGUCUGAUUUAUACAAGUACAUACAACGUUAUAUUUGGAGGCCAGAUUAUAGAAAAUGGGGAUGAAUCUCUGCCUUAUCUACCUCUUCACCUUCAUCCAGAUCACUACUCCCGGACCAAAUCUUUAGCUGAAAUGAAGGUGCUGGAGGCAAAUGGUGUUGAGCUUGGAAAUGGGAAAGGUGUAUUAAGGACUUGUGCUCUCCGACCAGCAGGCAUCUAUGGACCUGGAGAACAAAGACAUCUUCCAAGAAUAGUUAGUUACAUUGAAAGGGGACUGUUUAAAUUUGUAUAUGGAGAUCCUCUUAGUUUAGUAGAAUUUGUACAUGUAGACAAUCUAGUUCAGGCUCAUAUCCUUGCCUCUGAGGCCCUCAAAGCCAACAAAAAGCACAUAGCUGCAGGCCAAGCCUAUUUUAUUUCAGAUGGCAGGCCUGUAAAUAACUUUGAAUUUUUCCGACCAUUAGUGGAAGGUUUAGGUUACAAGUUCCCAACCUGUCGUCUUCCUCUCUCCCUUGUCUAUUUUUUUGCAUUCCUUACUGAAGUAGUUCAUUUUCUUGUAGGACACCUUUAUAAUUUUCAGCCUCUCCUCACUCGCACAGAGGUUUACAAAACUGGUGUCACACACUAUUUUAGCAUGGAGAAGGCCAGAAAGGAGCUGGGGUAUGAGCCUCAGCAAUAUACCCUAAAUGAAGUGGUUGAGUGGUUUAGAUCUCAGGGAUGCGGACCAAAGCCGAGAAAGUAUACCAUUAUGCAUCUUGUUAGGGAUGGAGGACUGUUCUUGCUGCUGAUUGCUGUGAUGGUCUCAUGGUUUCCAUCUGCAGUUACAUUUUCACUCUGA